AUGUUGCCUACACAAGUGAUGCCCGCAGAGGACGCCGUGCUUCUUUUCGACGCCGGAGCUGCUACGGCGCAAGGCGGACGUGUAUCCCAAGAAGAUCGCCAUGUAAUCCUCCUACCGAACCAGUUUCCGCCUACAAAAUCAACUGACAAAUUCGCCUUGUUUGCGACCUAUGACGGGCACGGCUCCGCAGACGUAUCCGAACACGUCCGCCAAAACCUCCCUGAUCUCCUCGUCAAACGCCCCGAAUUCGAAAGUGGAGACUACGAAACCGCAAUCAUCAAGUCCUUCGAAGACGAGGAUGGGCUGUUGCUUCGCUCGGUUAUGGAAGAUAAUACCGGGCCCGUCAUAGCGGGCUCGACGGUGGCGUUGUGUCUGGUUAAUCUGACGAAGGGGGUGAUGGUAAUUGGGAAUGUGGGCGAUUCGCAUAUCUUUCUUGCGAGACGGGAUGAUGGGUCGGAGUUUAUUACGCGGCAGGAACGCUUGACUGUAGAGCACAAGCCAAAUGAGCCGUCGGAAAAGAGUCGGAUUGAGAAGGCUGGUGGUGCAGUGCAUAUAUACGGAGGAACCGCUCGACUCGGAACCCUAAACAUGUCCCGCGCCCUAGGUGACCUCCAGUACAAAAACCCCAUCAACAGCCUCAACAUCAACGGCGGCACCAAAAAGGCCAAACGCGCAAAUGCCAGCGGCUCCAAGGUCAGAGGCAACAUCCUCUCCAACGAGGCAUAUGUGCGAACCAUCGAGCUCGAUGAGAAGAGUCGAUAUGCACUGCUAUGUUGUACGGAUGGCGUCACGGAUGUUACAGACGAAAAAGCGCUUAUGAAGGAAGUGGUGAGUGAUUUUGUGGUGGGCAGGAGGGCAACCGAUAUCGCGCGGAUGGUUACAAAGGCGACGGGGGAGCAGCCACAGAGCGAUAAUUGUACGUGUGUGAUUGCGUUUUUGGAUGGAGUGAAAGCGUUGAAGUAG